AUGAGUCUUUAUCAAAGAUGGAUGAACUUACCUUUAAAGGCAAGGAUAUAUAUCGGAGGGUCGACAUUUUUUGCUGCACUUGCUGCUGACUAUGUUUUAGGGCUGUUAGAAACAGAGGUAGAGGCCAGAAAACAAAUUGAAAAAGAGCUUCAACUGACCGUCAAAAAGUGA